ACCAUCGUGAGCGAUGGAGGAGGAAAUACGGUGUGCCGUGUGUGCGAAUAUCUUCACAGAGCCCGUGCUUUUGCCGUGCUUACACGCUUUGUGUCUGAAAUGUGCAUGUAGUCUUCAGCGAAGUGUCCAGGCCCUUCUUGCUGAGCCCGUAGGAGGCCAGCAGGCCGGGCCGCCUGGCCACGACCCCGAUCCGCCUGACGGAGGCGCUGACAGUGACAAAGCCUCUGUGUACAGUGAAACCGACAGCGGUGUGGUUGUGGCAUCCCGACCGACGUCCUACGUGAGUAGUCCGGAAACCACCGUCAACAAUGAGGGCGGCGACGGCCAGCCCGCCGCAGGACAACAGCAGGGCGUGCGGUGCCCUGUGUGCCACAAAGUGUCCGCGUUGGGCCCAGGGGCGGCCGCCGACCUGCCCCGUUACACUGCCAUGACUCGCAUCAUAGCCCGCCAGCGAGGAGACCCUUCCUUCGGAGAGGCGUCCACCAGCACCUCCGCGCCUACAGGAACCCCCGCGACUUUGCCGCCCUGCCAGCUCUGCGAAGGGCCUCCGCGUGCGGCCACCACGGAGUGCCAGCAGUGCCAGGUGCUGUACUGUGGCCCUUGCCUGACCUCUUGCCACCCUCCCCGGGGGCCCCUCGCCACACACACCCUGGGCUCCGUCGCGCCCCUUGGAGGAUCUAUCCCGGGGGCAGGGGAAGUCUGUGUCGUCCAUGGAGAGCGGCCCUCUCUCUACUGUUUAGUAUGUCGGUGGUCAGGCUGCAGGGAGUGCGGCCCGGGCCACUCGCAACACGAUCUUCAGCCACUGGACAAUCUUGCUAAAACACACAAGUUGUGGAAACAAAUAUUUGAUUUCCAUCAAACAAAUUUUCGUAUAGCAUCAACAUUACCACAUAGUCCAUUUACACUAAACACUGUAUCCACAUAUUACGACCUCCUUCCAGCACAUACUACGACCAUCUCGCUCCACAUAUUAAGACCACCUCGUACCAUAUAUUACGACCACCUCGCCCCACAUACCACGACUACCUCGCACCACAGAUUACGACCACCUCGCACUUCAUACUUCGACCAUCUCGCACCAUACAUCACGAUCACCUCGCACCACAUACUACGACCACCUCGCACCACAUACUACGACCACCACGCACCACAUACUGCGACCACCUUGCACCACAUACGACCAACAUGCCGCCCACCAUCAGCCCCUUUAUGGUGCGCCCCUCAAACCCCCGCCCUUAUUACCCAUGCCACGGUGCCACCCACGUCCUGCGGGAGAGAAUCCUUCCUUGGUAUCGUCUUCUCCCUGUCGCGGAGAGGAGAAGAUUCUGAUUAA